AAAAUGAAGUAAAAAUAAAAAACAAAUGGAAUUUGCAAAUUUGUAUUACAUCUGAAAAUUUUCUCCUGUCGCACGGUUCCUUGUCGAAUCGCCGUCUGCAAGUUUUCAGAAACUAGUCUAGGAAGCCAUGGAUGAUGCAUUUUCUAUUCAAAUAAGCGGAAACUUAGUAAAACAGUUGGUUGAUGACGCUGAGAAAGCGAAGAAGAAAACAAGAAAACCAAAACAGAAAACACACAAAACUUCUGAACAAAAUCAAGCUAAAUCCAGCAACCAGAAGGACAAUUAUGAUGACACUCAAACCCUAAAAGGUGGCCCACCUGUUACUGGAUGGCCGCCAAUGUACCUACCAAUUCCGCCACCUGCACCACCUGCUAAUGCUGAGUUGGAUGCCAUCCGUUCUGUCGUCCAAGAAAGUGAAAGGGUUUUGGAAAAGCUACAAAAGAAAGAAGAGGAAAUGGUGGUUGAAGUAACACAAAAGGCGAAGGAACUUCAUGAUAAUGAGUUUAAACUCCCACAGCCAAAACCUAUGCCCUGUUCAGCUGAUUUAACUGCUUGCUUGGAUUGCUACAAAGAAAACACUAAAGAUCCACUAAAAUGCAGUACACUGGUCAGGAAAUUCGCUGAUUGUGCUCGCACCAUAAGGCAACAAGUCGAUUCAACAAAGCAAUAAAAGCUUCUUAUACACAUGAUUUUGCUAGUUUAAACUAGACGAUUGAGUCGUGGCUCACGGGAAUAACUCAAAAUUGUUGAAUUUUCUAAUGAUUGAGUUUGAAUCAUUGGAACAUUAGCUGUGUUUGUAUACAUUUUUGCGCGUCUUGAUUGUGUUUUAA